CGACACGUCCCACUCCGGAGCGGGGGCAGUGGAGGCCGGCGGGGUGCGGGAAUGGGCAGGGUGUGUAUCAGGCCCGGAGCUGAGACUGGGUGGGAGUGGCGCUUUGGAGACAGGCUGGGCUCCCUUCUAACGCUGGAAUUCGGAACUCGGGGCGAAUUCCGUUUCCGUUCGCUGAUUCUGCGCUAAACCUGUGUGUGUGUGUGUGUGUGUGAGUUCAGAGCUCAGCCUCCGACCCGGGCAGCGCACGGAUCCAGUCCCCACACCAUGGCCAGUUCCCCGCAGAAAUCUCCGUCCACUCCCAAAUCCCCCGUUCCCAAAUCCCCUUCCUCCAGAAAGGACGAAUCUUUCCUGGGCAAACUCGGCGGGACUCUGGCCAGAAGGAAGAAAGCCAAAGAAGUAUCCGAGCUGCAGGAAGAAGGGAAGAAUGCCAUCAACCUGCCUCUCAGCCCCAUUCCCAUUGAGUUGGAUCGCGAGGACACCGUGUUGGAGGAGAAUGAGGUGCGCACGAUGCUCGAUCCCAACUCCAGAAACGACCCCAAGCUACAAGAACUGAUCAAGGUUUUCAUAGACUGGAUUAAUGAUGAGCUAGAGGAAGAGAGGAUCAUUGUGAAGGAUUUAGCUGAAGAUCUCUACGAUGGUCAAGUCCUACAGAAGCUCUUUGAGAAGCUGGAGGGAGAGAAAUUAAAUGUGGCGGAAGUGACACAGUCGGAGAUCGCCCAGAAACAGAAACUACAGACUGUCCUUGAGAAGAUCAACGAAACCCUCAAGUUACCACCGCGGAGUAUCAAGUGGACGGUGGACAAUGUUCACAUGAAGAGUCUGGUGGCAAUUCUCCAUCUCCUGGUGGCUGUCUCUCAGUAUUUCAGGGCACCCAUUCGGCUCCCUGAUCACGUCUCUGUCCAAGUUGUGGUCGUCCAGAAAAGAGAGGGAAUUCUCCAGUCUCGGCACAUCCAGGAGGAAAUCACAGGCAAUAUCGAGGCUCUGUCGGGGAGGCACGAGCGAGAUGCCUUCGACACGCUCUUCGAUCACGCUCCAGACAAACUCAACGUUGUCAAAAAGACACUGAUUACGUUUGUGAACAAACAUCUGAACAAACUGAAUCUGGAAGUCACUGAGCUGGAAACCCAGUUUGCUGAUGGUGUCUAUCUCGUGUUACUAAUGGGGCUUGUGGAGGACUAUUUCAUACCUCUGCACAACUUCUUUCUCACCCCGGACAGCUUUGAGCACAAGGUCCACAAUGUGUCUUUCGCCUUUGAACUCAUGCAAGAUGGGGGUUUGGAGAAGCCCAAGCCUCGAUCGGAAGAUAUCGUGAACUGCGACCUGAAGUCCACGCUGCGCGUACUCUACAACCUGUUCACAAAAUACAGGAAUGUGGAGUAAAAUGGGAACCUGUGCACCAAGCCCUCACCCUCCAGGGACCCGCUGAACAUGCAGCCACACUCACGGGAGCCCUGAGCCAAGCGAUGACCCAGAAAACCAAUCACCGUCUUGCUAAAACAAUCGAUGAGUCAUGUUUCAAGGUUCUUGUCGGUUGCAAAAAUGUUUUAAGUCUGUUUUCGAUAUAUGUGUAUAUAAAAACAAGCACUUGAGUUACGAAGAGCAGAAGUAUUGGUGCCAGUACCUUAACGAUUAACGUGUUUCUUUCUCACAUGAAGUGUAAUUUGGUUAUUGUAGAAAAUCUCCCCUGGAAAUAGGAAAUGAGAUUUCCAAACAUGCCAGUGUUAUGAGUACUAAAGACCUGUUACAGAUUGGAAGAGUUGCUCAGUUUCACAGUCAAGCCCCUGAAAUUUCCAUGAUUGAGCUAAUUAGAGUUACAGUUUCAGAGUAUUUAUUGACAGCACACGUCAGUCAGGAACUGGAAGUGGUACCGCAACCAAAUCAGUAGGCUGACAAAGCAAAAAUUGAUUUAAAGAGUGGUUUGAACUGAAACUACAGCAACUUCUCCCAGCAAAAACAGAGACAUUUCUCCAGAAUGCAGUGAGUGGAGGAUAGUUGCAUGUAAAAUAUGUGCAAAAAGUCAAUCUCAAAUCAUGUACGACAAUGUAGGCUUCCAGUAUGAAGACAAAAGAGAAAUGUUGGCUCCAAGCCUGAUUGACAAGAGAAUUAUCCAGUCGUCUGUGUCCUGAUGAGCUGUGGCAUUGUCACUCCAUGCAACCUUAUUUUUAUGUUUGGAUUGUCUCCGUUUAAAAUAAAUGUUGUUAAACAAAUAAGCCACGUUACUGGGACAACCUUCUGUAUAUGGAAACACUGCUGGGAUUAGUUGUCGCUGUGUUUUUGUUCCUGACUUUGUAGAAUUAAUCAGUUUCCUGUUGUACUGAUGCUGAAACUUUAAAUGUGUGUGUAUUUACAGUGGACACGUGCCUCAUUGGAGCAUUGCUCAAUGUUAAGUUUUAUUUAAUCUGUCAUUGCCUUGCCAAAAAGCUUGUCAUAGUGUUUCGUUUAUGGAUUCAACUUGGUCCGGAGCUCAAACCCCACUGAGAUCAGAAUCAGGUUUAUUAUCACUGUCUUAUAACAUGAAAUGUGUUGUUUUGCGGCAGCAGUACAGUACAAGACGUAAAAAUUACUAUAAAUUACAAAGUAAAUAAAUAGUGAAAA